AUGAAUAAGUGGUCUAUACCGCGGUCUUCGAAAACAGCUAGAGUUACUGUAGAGGUAGGAUGGAGCGAGUCUUACAAUGACCUACACGGUGAUAUGAACAGGCUACUUAUUGGUGGGAAUGGGGAUAUUAAGAUCGUCAUCCUUGUUAAAUGGACGAAGCAUGCGAAUCAGACCGUGAGCGGCAUCCUCGAGCUUUACAGACUCGAUCCACAAGGCAUGCCGAGACUCUGUCGGACUGAAAUCAUUUUUCCUAUGCCAAGCGAUGGGAAACUGUAA